ACCAGAAUCUGCGAGCGUGAAAGCGCUCUUGUUGUCGUUCAUAUUUACCUUUAUGGACUUUUCCUCCAGGCGAAAGGGCCUCGCCGUGUUUACAGUGGCGGCGGUUCCUGGCAACGUGCGUCAUUACGCACGUCCGACAUCCUGGGGGCGGGGCUCCGAGCGCACAGCGACCAAUCGGGGCCUCGGAUCGGGCUUCGCUCCGCAUCGCAUAAAUAGAGAGAAACUGCUCGGCAGCUCGUAGUAAGAGAGGAAACGAGAGAGGCAGACGAUCAGACAGGUUUUCAAAAUUAAAGACUCACCAACACACGAGUGGAAUGAAAGCAUCUGAAUUAAUCACUGGACUGCGCUUUGAUUCCAACUGAAGGUACAAAUCGACGACUUGGUAUAGUAGAGUUCCACUAUUUUGGAAGUUUUGCUGUUUUUCAUAGUGAUCGUCAAUAUAAUAAUACAUCAGGACUUGCUGGAGUUGAGUUGAGUUGGGACCUUCACGAACUCUUGUAGCCUAUUUGACUGUCUGAUUUUAAAGCGAAAAUGUCCACAAUAAUGGAACAGCCUUUUUAUGACGACUCGUUUCUCUCUGCUUAUGGCCAUCCAGGCGCAGCCUUGCCAGACUACAAGUUACUAAAGCAGAACAUGAACUUGAACUUGUCUGAUCCCUAUCGGAGCUCCCACUUCAAGUCUCACCACCUGCGCGCCGACUCCGACUUGUAUUCGGCGGCCACGGCGGACUCGGGCUCCGUCAAGCUCGCCUCUCCGGAUUUGGAGCGACUCAUCAUCCACAACAGCAACGGGCUCAUCACCGCCACGCCGACCCCGAGCCAGUACCUGUACAGCCGCGGGAUCACAGAGGAGCAGGAGGGCUUCGCUGAAGGUUUCGUCAAGGCGCUGGACGACUUGCACAAGAUGAACCAGAUGGCGCCGCCCAACGUGUCCAUCGGAACCGGGGGUGUCGCCUGCUCGGCGCCCGGCUCGGUGUUCGGCUCAUCCAUGCAGCCGGAGCCGCUCGAGUACACCAACCUGGGCAGUUGCACCAGCAACCCCGGCCUGUCGUCGGCUGUCAGCUACCCGUCCGCCACCAUCAGCUACCUGCCGCACCACCCCUACCACCAGCACCACCACCACCACCACCAGCACCAGCACCAGCACCACCAGCAGCCGCACCAGCCGCAGGGCGCGGCGCACGGCUCCCACCCCUUCCAGCACUCGUUGGCCGGCGCCGGGCUGCACGCGCCGCGCUUCGGCGGCCUCAAAGAGGAGCCCCAAACCGUCCCGGACAUGCAGAGCAGCGACAACAGCUCGCCGCCCAUGUCCCCCAUCGACCUGGAGAACCAGGAGCGAAUCAAGGCGGAGCGCAAGCGGCUCAGGAACCGGCUGGCUGCGUCCAAAUGUCGGCGGCGCAAGCUGGAGCGCAUCGCCCGUCUGGAGGACAGAGUGAAAGUUCUGAAAACGGACAACGCGGGGCUGUCCAACACGGCCUCUCUUCUCCGGGAGCAGGUGGCCCAACUCAAACAGAAAGUCAUGACACACGUGAGCAGCGGCUGUCAGCUCAUGCUGUCGCCCAAAGUCAAGUCCUACUGAGGAAGCCAGACUUCUUAGCGAACACUUGAAAUGCACUGGACUGCAAGCGCACUGACGGCACACGCGACUGGAGUGUUGCGGCUGAAACUAAAGUACACGGAAAUCAAUGACAACCAACACAAGCUGUCCUGUUUACAUUUGACUUUGUACAUUGUGAUGAAUUCUGAUGUAACUUAUUUCUGUUGUCAGGUUGAUCCUGACCUUUUUUUUUUUUUAAAUUUUUGUACCUGUACAGUAUAUUUAAGUAAAAGAAAUGUCGCCAUUGAGAAA